AGCAAAUGGGAAUAAAUAAAAAAUAUUUACUCACACAUUUCUUUUGUGUUUAUGUUACAGAAGAAGAUAUUGAUGAGUUCAAUAUACACGUAUCGAGGUACAGACCAGAAGAGUUAACAAAGCUCACAAAAAUCACCAAGUUCAAUAAAAAAGAAAUUCAAUUAAUUUAUAGAGGUUUUAAACAGGAGUGUCCUACUGGCAUGGUAGAUGAAGAUUCAUUCAAACACAUAUUCUCGCAGUUUUUUCCCCAAGGUGAUGCUUCACAAUAUGCCCAAUAUGUGUUCAAUACAAUCAAGAGAAAUCAAACUGGAAAAAUUAGCUUUGAGGAUUUUUUGGCUAUAUUGUCCAAAGUUUCUCGAGGAAGUGUUCAAGAGAAACUUCAUUGGAUAUUUGGAUUAUAUGAUCUCAAUAAAGACGGAGUUAUAACAAAAAAAGAAAUGCAAGACGUAGUACAUUCCAUUUAUAGCAUGCUAGGGAGACAUACUGACCCACACGUAGAUGAUCAAUCUGCAAAAGACCAUGUUGACCGGAUUUUUCAUUUAAUUGACAAAAACAAUGAUGGUAACGUGACUUUAGAUGAGUUGAUCGAAUGGUGCAGCCGGGACGAGGGAAUUCUCCAGUCGCUGGACACGUUGGACACUGUUUUGUGAAACGAGCCACGCUCGUCCGACGUGCGCGUGGGCACGAGAGACCGGGCGAGCCUGUUUAAUUGGUAGACAGCCGAAAUAAACUUAUGUGGUGACGAGAAGAAACUAAAUUUAAAAAACAAAAAACAAUAUACAAAAAUAUUAGAUCAAAAAACUCCGCUAGACUCUCGCAGUGACCAUCCACCCCUUUUGGGUUUUUUGAGAGGAGAAUGUCAGAGUAACUUAUCAAUAACUUCUUGUCCCUAUAUGUCCCUACUCACUAUGCAUGCUCUUUAUAAUAUUUUACAGUUCAAACAUUGGUGAAAUACCCAAUAAAUGAAAGGAGGGGCACUAUCACAAUACUUAUCUCUAUACGUAUAGUAAAUGCCACCCAUAUUCUCGGUGCACUUAUUUAAUUGAUUCUAAGACCUUAUAAUAUUAUGACACGUGAACUGCAGUUUGGCAACAAAGUGAGAACUGUUUGCGAAGUUGCGAAGAGCAGUUUUGUUAUUGUUUAUGUAAGUGCCAGACAGAGACAACAGAAUAUAAUGUUAUAUGCUGACGUAAUUUUAACAAUAAUUGCUGUAGGCCGUCUAUUGGAUAUAAUAGUAUGAUGUACGUAAACCGGAAACAAUCACAUCGUUAUAAUAAACAAUAAUAUUGUACUAUAAUAUGCCACACACCACCGCCGGAAACGUGUCUAUCAGUAUACUCCAUACUGUACCUAACCAUAUUGGUCUACUGUUAUUGUUAUACAGUUUUUUGUGCCUAAAAACAACACGUAAUUUUUUGAGACCUAUAAUAAUUGGCUUAAAACAAAAUAUUAUCAUGUAUUUUUAUCGAUUUAUUGACAUUUAAUAGAGUUUGCUGAAGUAAUAUUUAUUAUAUGAGAUAAAAAAAAUUUUUGAAUAUAUUUCUUUCGCAGUAAUAAUGUAGUGUCAUACAAUAUGAUAUUUAUAUCGUCAUUGUGAAGUUACUAAUACUUAAUAUUAUAAUAAUUCUGUUUGCUACAGGGUAAUCUAAAAAGAGUGUCCAAUUGUUCUUUUCAUUGGAUACUUCUUUUCACGUUAUAAAUAUUUAUAAUAAAUUAUAAUCAAACAAAUUAUAAUAUAGUAAUUCUUAAACUUAAGUUCUACUAAUUUGUUUGUUUCUAUUGUAUUUAUUGGCAUUGUGUUAUUAUUAUUGUUAUAUCCACUGACAAUAGUAAUAACUAUGAGAUAAUAGGUACCUAGUAGUUUUUUUUUACGCCGUUCGAAUACAUAUAGGUUCUUAAAUUAGUAAAUGAACUAAAAAUUCAUACUUAAAAUGGCCUACAUUUAUAGGUUUUAAUUGUUUUUCUUAUUCAUAAUUAUUUCUUCUUUGAUACGUUUGAAAAUGUUUUCUUCAAGUUGUUGUGAAGAUCAAAAAAAGUUU